AUAAUGUUCCAGUUUUUGUAACUGUGAUUUCAUUUGGAAUGUUCACCUUACUUGGAGGGAAUUUGACACCCGCAAGAGCUUUUACAUCACUUUCUCUGUUUGCUGUGCUUCAGUUUCCUCUUUUCAUGCUUCCUAAUAUUAUAACUCAGGCGGUUAAUGCAAAUGUAUCAUUGAAGCGUUUGGAGGAUUUGCUCUUAGCAGAAGAGAGAAUACUUUUUACCAAAUCCACCGCUUGAGCCAGGAUUACCAGCCAUCUCAAUCAAAAACGGAAACUUCUCCUGGGAUUCCAAGGCAGAAAGGCCUACAUUGGCAAACAUAAACUUGGAUAUACCUGUUAGUAGCCUAGUUGCAGUUGUUGGAACUUGGAAGUACAGGAGAAGGGAAAACAUCACUAGUAUCUGCAAUGCUUGGAGAACUUCCUGCAGUUGUAGGUUCAACUGUUGUUAUGAGAGGGACAGUUGCUAUGUACCCCAAGUCUCUUGGAUUUUUAAUGCAACUGUGCGGGAUAAUGUUUUAUUUGGUUCUGCCUUUGACCCAAUAAGAUAUGAAAGGGCAAUAGAUGUGACUGAACUACGACAUGACCUUGAGUUACUGCCUGGUGGUGAUCUUACCAAAAUUGGAGAAAGAGGUGUGAACAUCAGUGGUGGUCAAAAGCAAAGAGUAUCCAUGGCUAGAGCUGUUUACUCCAAAUCCGAGUGUACAUUUUUGAUGAUACCCUUAGUGCUCUAGAUGCGCAUGUCGCUAAACAGGUUUUUGAUAAAUGCAUCAAGGGAGAAUUGAGAGGGAAGACCCGAGUUCUUGUUACAAAUCAACUGCAUUUCCUUUCACAGGUGGAUGGAAUCAUUUUGAUCCAUGAAGGUACUGUGAAAGAGGAGGGAACAUUUGAGGAGCUCUCUAACCAGGGGCCAUUGUUCCAAAAGCUUAUGGAAAAUGCUGGAAAGAUGGAGGAGUAUGAAGAAGAAAAGGUAGAUACUGAAACUGCUGAUCCGAAGUCCUCUUCAAAACAGCUGGCCAAUGGAGAACUUGAUGAUACUGCAGAGAGUGGUAGUAAGGCAAAAGAAGGAAAAUCUGUCCUUAUUAAACUGGAAGAACAGGAAACAGGUGUUGUCAGUAUGAAAGUUUUAGCAAGAUACAAGACUGCAUUAGGAGUUCUUUGGGUGGUUGUAAUACUCUUUGGAUGCUAUUUCUUAACAGAGGUGUUACGAAUUUCAAGUAGCACAUGGUUGAGCCAUUGGACUGAUCAGAGUGCUUCAGUGGGCUAUGAUCCUGGAUUUUAUAAUCUGAUAUAUGCAGCUCUAUCAUUUGCUCAGGUUAUGGUGACUUUAACAAAUUCUUAUUGGUUGAUCAUUGGUUGAUCAUAUCAGGUCUAUAUGCAGCCAGAAGGUUGCAUGAAGCCAUGCUUCACUCCAUAUUACGAGCUCCUAUGGUUUUUUUUU